AUGAACCUCUAUCGGGCUACCUUGGAGUAUGGUACUGCCGUAUUCAAUCCUUGUGCACCUCAUUGCUGUCACUCUAUCGCAGGUGUCACGUUUACUGGCUUCGUUCUAAUGAAACCCGAAUCAUCAAACGAUCGGAGCCAGCGACUGUGCGUGACAAAGCUGAUCCAUACCAUAAAGGCAAAAGAGUUCUAUGGUGCAUUACUCGAAGAUAAAUUGGCAUUGAUAUCUGUCAGUUGCGAUAAUGGGAUUUGCGGGCGAAAAGAUCCACAAGAUUCGUUCGACGCACUGGUUUUCGUGACAGUGGCGGUGCGAUUUGCCUCCAUAUGUUCACUUUUGACGAUGAUUCCAGCGAUGAUCACCGAGCGAGUGUUCGCCUCGCGCUAUAUAUCCGAUUACGAAAAACUGCCUCGACCGCUGGAUCUCUUUUCUAAUAAAUGUGCUGCGAAUAUGUAG